UGAAGUGCAUCACUAAUGUGUUGGACGGAGCAGCAGACGGAGCGUGAGCAGUAGAGGUUCUCCUUUGACCGGUUUCCUUAAAGGAUCUUUCAGAUUUCUUUGUCUUCAUCUUCGUCUUGGUCAUCCUCAUCCUCUCCUCAUGGCGGUUCUUCCUCUGCGGGUCAAAAUGCUGCGGCAGGUCUGGAGGUUGAAGGGCGUCGUCAUCCUGGUGUGCAGCCCGUUCAUCCUGCUGCCGCUGGCUGUCAGCACCACGGAGGCGGCCUGUGCUUAUGUCAUCGCCCUCAUGGCAGUCUAUUGGUGCACUGAAGUUCUACCUCUGGCGGUGACGGCGCUGCUGCCGACCAUCCUGUUCCCUGUCCUCGGCAUCAUGGAGUCCAAAGAUGUGUGCAUGCAGUACCUGAAGGACACCAACAUGCUGUUUGUCGGGGGACUGAUGGUGGCCGUGGCUGUGGAACACUGGAACCUCCACAAACGUAUCGCACUCAGAGUUCUGCUGCUGGUUGGAGUCCGACCUGCCCUGCUGAUGUUGGGUUUCAUGGGGGUGACGGCCUUCCUGUCCAUGUGGAUCAGCAACACGGCCACCACCGCCAUGAUGGUGCCCAUCGUCCAGGCCGUCCUGGACCAGCUUAACGGCAACGUGGAUCCUCAGACCUCCUCCGAAGGACCAAGGAGGAGCGUUGUCCCCCUUCAGGAGAAAACCGUCCUGCCGACUGACGCCCCAAACACCCUGGAGAAAGGUUCAACAAAGACAGAAGGCAACUCAGAGAAAACCAACAACCAGCAAGACCAGAAGGAGGCUGAGGCGGACAAACAGGAAGUCAUGAAACCAACACCUCAAGACAAACCUCCUUCAGACAGUCCUGCCGUGGUGGACCUGAAGAACGUCUGCUGUCCGAUGGAUCUGGAGGAGCUGAGCGAUGAAGACGAGGAGUCCAAGAGGAUGAGUAAAGGCCUCCUGCUGAGCGUCUGUUACGCCGCCAGCAUCGGAGGAAUCGCCACGCUGACGGGAACCGGACCCAACCUGGUUCUGAUCGGACAGAUGAACCAACUCUUCCCUCAGAACGGUGACGUGAUCAACUUUGCGUCCUGGUUUGCGUUCGCCUUCCCCACCAUGGUUCUGAUGCUGAUGCUGGCCUGGUUCUGGCUGCAGUUCCUCUACAUCGGGUGCAACCUGCGGAGAACGUGGGGUUGCGGCGCCGCCCAGUCGGAGAAAGAACGAGCGGCGUACGAGGUGAUCCGAGAAGAACACUGUCGACUGGGACGGAUGAGUUACGGAGAGAUGAGCGUUCUGGCGCUCUUCAUCCUGAUGGUGGUGCUGUGGUUCACCAGAGACCCCAGGUUCAUGGACGGCUGGGCCACCAACGUCUUCAACGCCAAGGCCGAGUUCGUGACCGACGCCACCGUCUCGCUGUUCGUUGCUGUUCUGUUGUUUGUUCUUCCGUCUGAGCCGCCGACGUACCUCUGCUUCUGGAGGAGCUCCAACUCUGAGUCCCAGGUGUCCCGAGGCCCCGCCCCUCCUCUACUCACCUGGCAGGUGACUCAGAAGAAGAUGCCAUGGAACAUCGUGCUGCUGCUGGGAGGAGGAUUCGCUCUGGCCAAAGGCAGCGAGGAGUCCGGUUUGUCCCGCUGGCUUGGUGCUCAGAUGACUCCACUACAUUCUGUCCCUCCGUGGGCCAUCGCCGUCAUCCUCUGCCUCCUCAUCGCAACCUUCACCGAGUGCGCCAGCAACGUCGCCACGGCAACGCUCUUCCUGCCCGUCCUCGCCUCCAUGUCUCAGUCCAUCAGCCUGAAUCCGCUCUACGUGAUGAUCCCGUGCACGCUCAGCGCCUCCUUCGCCUUCAUGCUGCCGGUGGCCACGCCUCCCAACGCCAUCGUCUUCUCCUACGGCCUCCUCAAAGUGACCGACAUGGCUAAAACCGGCGCCGUCAUGAACAUCAUUGGAAUCGGCUGCAUCAGUUUGGCCAUCAACACUUGGGGUCGCUUCCUGUUUUCUCUGGACACCUUCCCAUCGUGGGCCAAUGCCACAGUGCCCGUCUGACUUCCUGCCUCUCCGUUGUUUUUAUAAAUAACAACACAAACAGUUUGUUAAUGUAGGAACAUGUUCAGGGUUUGGGUUGAAAUGGGAACUUUAACCUCCAGAGAGACGAACCAUCGUCUGAUGAGUUAAUAUUGGAGUUUAAUUAAUAUUAAUAAUGACCCAAGUCCCAAAUAACAGCCGUGAAUAACUUAUAUAAAUCCUAUAAACGUCCUUCAUGGUAACACAAAUCCAGUUUACUUUCACUGAAGUCGUCUCAUUGAUCGUUUUCAUCAGAGAAACUCAACAUUUUUUACACGUUUCAUUUUUACAGUGAGCAGAGAAAUUUUCAAAGCCAAGAGGGAACGUUCCCACAAUGUUAACUAACGUUAUCGACAAGUUUCAAUCAGGUUUUAAAGUUUUAAUCUAAACCAGGGGUGUCAAACUCAUCUUAGUUCAGGUUCCACAUUCAGCCCAGUUUGAUCUGAGGUGGGCUGGACCAAUAAAAUCACAGCAUAAUAACCUAUAAAUAACCACAACUCCUCAUUUUAAUCACAAGUAUCUGGAAUUGAACAAAAUAUUACAAACAUGAGACACAAAAUGACAAAAACGAGAAAAAAAUGACAAAAUAUGAGUCAGACAACAUGAAACAACAAAAAAGAGACAAAAAAUUUGACAAAAAAGUUACAAAGUGACAAAAAAAUGGACAAACGACAAAAAUUAGACAAAUUUUUUUACAAAUGACAUAAACAAGACAAAAACCCAAGCAAGACAAAAUGACAAAAACUUGUGACAAAUGACAAGUCAGACAAAAAAAAAAAUAAAAAACCUCACCAAAAACAAGACAAAAUAUUACAAAAAUGAGACACAAAAUGACAAAAGAACAAUCUCGUAUUUUGCUUCAUGAUCAAAACAGCUUGUCAAGGCCAGGAAAUUAUUUUAAAUUCAAAACUUUACUAUUUUACAAUCUGCAGUUAAUGUCUUCUCUGGAAUUUUUACACUUUGAGGGCUGGAUUGGAGCCUCUGGAGGGCCGGUUUUAGCCCGUGGGCCGCAUGUUGGACACCCCUGAUCUAAUGUUUAAAGAAUGUUGUCAUUUCAAACAAUGACGUUCCUGUAAUGAGAUAUUUAACUAAACUAUUUGGGGGAAAUACAUUAUAUGCUGUUCUUCUGCAAUAUGUUCCUCCUAUUUUUGAUAACAAAGGAAAAACGUUUUCAGUUUUUUAAGAAUAUUUCCAAAAAAAUCAGUGUUCAGAUUUGAUGAUAAAACACAGAAAUUAGACGUAAAGGUCUGUCAGUCAUGUAAGUUCUAUGAAAAGUGAAAUAAAGUUCCUCUUUCAGCCUUGAAAAGCCGUUAAUGCAUGAAGGUCGGUUAGAUAUUCGUCUUUACGCAGACGAUGCAGUUUUCUAUCCUGUUGCUGAUUCUCUUCAACCCACGGUUUAAAUGUUGUUGUUGUUUUUAUUUACAGCUCUUCUCCUCUUUCUUCCCUGUCAAUUGGAAAUAAUUAGUGAACAUACUGUGUGUUUGUAUUGUUUUCUAUUUAAACAGUUGGUGUGAGUGUGUUUGUUGUGUACAUAAGUAACCUCCACAGUUUUGUACCAUCGUGUUGCUAACAGGUUUAUUUGGUAUUAAUAAAAGUGGAUCUUUCAACAAA